CUGCAAACAGAAGACGAGAUGAACUUCUUCAGUAGCUUUCAGGAAAAGGUGCAGCUUCACGCCGCGUCUUCGACGACGACGACAAAGGUAUCGGUUCCCCUGGUCCUUCUCGCCGCCGUGGGGGGUCUCGUGGUCUUCAAUUGGGCGCUUUCGAUCCUUCAGCUCGUUCUGGACCUCUAUGUGCUCCCGGGCGUGUCUCUGUCUAAGUUUGGCGCAGCUAAGAAGGGCCAGCCCGGCCAGGGCGCCUGGGCUGUCGUGACGGGAGCAACUGACGGCAUUGGCAAAGAGUUUGCCCUUCAACUCGCCAAGCGCGGCUUCAAUGUCUUUUUGGCCAGCCGGACGACGGCCAAGCUCCAGGCAGUGCAGGAAGAAAUCGGACAAGCUGCACCAGGGGCAAAGGUCGACUGGUUCCCAAUUGACUUUGCAGCUGCCACGGCAGAUGACUAUGCCGCGCUCGCAAAGGCCAUCGGCGAUCGAGACGUUGGCGUGCUCGUCAACAACGUGGGCAUGUCGCACAACAUGCCUGUGCCCUUUCACGAAACCGAGGACAAGGAGCUCGAGAACAUUGUCAACAUCAACGUCUUUGCAACACUGCGUGUGACCAAGAUCGUGACGCCUGGCAUGGUUAAAAGAAAGCGUGGCCUGGUCCUCCAACUGGGCUCCUUUGCCGGUCAGUUUCCCUCCCCGCUGCUCUCAACCUACUCUGGCACGAAGGCCUUCUUGAUCGGCUUCAAUGCCGCCCUGGGCGAAGAGCUCAGCCGGUCGGGCGUUACGGUGCAGCUGCUCAACACCUACUUUGUCGUUUCGGCCAUGAGCAAGAUCCGAAAGUCGUCUGCGCUCAUCCCAAUGCCGAAGCCCUACGUUGCAAACGUCUUGGCAAAGAUUGGAAGGCAAGGCGGUGCCCAGGGACGACCCUUUGAAGGCACCGUUUGGCCCAUGCAAGGCCUCUUUGACUGGAUCAUUACCAACCUUGUCGGUACCCGCUACCGACUCAGCUUUACCUACGACCAGCAAGCAAGCAUCCGAAAGCGUGCUAUCCGAAAAGCCGAGCGACAAGCCAAGGCUCAGUAAAGUUAAGCGCCUAGACCAGCGUCGCAAAAGUUGAUCGCCGGGCCUGAACGAGGACGGAAAGGGAAACGAAGAGAAGAUCAAAGGUAGAUUCACAGAUGGACGGUUGGGAAAAUAGGCAGCGAUGAGAGGAGAGGAAUUAAUGUAUCUACAGUGCCUAGCUAGCAUGGAGCAACC